AUGGCGCUGCUGGCCAAGCAUCUGCUGAAACCACUGCCCGUGGACAAGCAGAUCCAGACCAGGCCCUUCCAGGAGGCGGUGUCCCACCUGCCGCCUUUCUUCGAUUGCCUUGGGUCCCCAGUGUUUAUGCCCAUCAAGGCAGACAUAAGUGGUAACAUAACAAAAAUCAAAGCUGUAUACAACACUGAUCCGGCCAAGUUCCGGACCUUGCAGAACAUCCUGGAGGCAGAGAAGGAAAUGUAUGCAGCAGAGUGGCUCAGAGUGGGGGCCACGCUAGCGCUGAUGUGGCUGAAAAAGAGCCUCCGCUUCAUCCAGGUCUUCCUGCAGAGCAUCUGCGACGGGGAGCAGGACGAGAGCCACCCCAACCUCAUCCAUGUGAACGUCACCAAGGCCUACAAAAUGGCGCUCAAGAAGUACCAUGGCUGGAUCGUGCAGAAGAUCUUCCAGGCAGCACUGUAUGCCACACCCUACAAGUCCGACUUCCUGAAAGCGCUCUCCAAGGGCCAGAACGUGAAGGAGGAGGAGUGCCUGGAGGAGGUCUGCCUGUUCUGA